AUGCCGGCUCAAAGUCGACGCUCUACCAGGCUUCAAACGGCUGCGCCGACCACAGUGCAAGAAGCCUCUGCAAGCAAAAUCCCCACAGCGAGCGAUUCUUCUGCUACCACAACUUCAAAGGCAAAGGCGACCUCGUUCCCGCUAUCUCGUCUUCCCGAUCUUCCAUGGUCCCGAAUCGACGUUCGCAAGAAUCCAUGGCUGUACAGACCAGCGCGUGGCGAGCAGGGCGUUCUUCAGAUUGAGCCGUACAAAUCCGAGCUCCUACCGCUCUGGGCUUUCAAGGACGAAGAGACAGCUAAACGGAGCUCAAAGGACCUUUUGGACAUGUUUGAAAAGUACAAGGGAGAGGAUGACUUUGUGGGGUGUGAGUGCAGUGUGCGGCGUGUACACACGUACAAGCGUCGCAAAGCAUUGCUCAAAUUGGCCAUCGCAUCACCUCUUGCUCGCACAGGCGACAUGGCGCGCAAAUACAUCCAGGUAAGCGUCGCCCAAGAGCUUGAGCAACCUGUUGCAUGCACCAUGGCACUCUGACUGAGCGUAAGUGACCCAUUGUGCAGAUGGGCUUGACUCGCGCGCGACGCUAUGCGAAUCACGCAGGAGGCAAAAAGUACUCUCCCAGUGGCUCAGAGCUCUCAAGAUCCAACGCCGAAGAUCCUGUCAAAGCUGCCUCAGCCCUAAUUUUCCAAAAGGUUCUCGAAGAGCGCAUCAAACCGGACAGAAAGUAUGCAGCCCUGCGAGCUGCCUUUGCGCGAAGGUAUGACGGAGGUGAGAUACCUGAGCCGGGCGAGCUGACAAGAGAUGGCAUCGUCCGGCCACCCACAAACGCCGAGGUGGAAAAAGAAGGUGCGCAGAAGAGGAAGCGGGAGGACGACGAGCAAAAGAGGGAGUUGAGACGCCAGGUACGGCAACAGGAGCGCCAGGCCGGCCGAUCCGCUGUCUCUUGA